AUGUCGGUCGCGAUGAAGGCCAUCCGGCGGUCCUUGAAGGGGGAGAAAGAGCCCAAGCACCACCCGCACCACAUCUCCAUAACCCCCAAGUCGGCCAUUGCCAUUCUCCCGCCAAAAAAGGUGAUCAAAGCCCUCUACGACUACGCGCCCGAACCCGGCACCUCGCAGGAAUUGGCCUUCAGCAAGGGCGAUUUCUUCCACGUGAUCAGCCGCGAGGACGACUCCGACUGGUACGAGGCCUGCAAUCCGCUCAUCCCUGACGCCCGCGGCCUAGUCCCCGUCUCCUUCUUCGAGGUUAUCGGCAAGAACGAACGCGACAGCGGGGGCUCCGUCGAUCUGCACAAAAAGGAACACCACGACUCGGGCUUCUCUGACUCCCCCAAUUCCGCCCCUCCCAACAAGUUCGCCGGCUUCAGGAUGUCUGCCCUCGGCAAGGGCCAGGGCGCCAUGGUUUAUGGUAUUGUCCAGUAUGAUUUCCAGGCUGAGCGCCCCGACGAACUCGAUGCCCGCGCCGGCGAGGCGAUCAUUGUCAUUGCUCAGUCCAACCCGGAGUGGUUUGUCGCGAAGCCCAUCGGUCGUCUCGGUGGGCCGGGUCUGAUUCCCGUCUCGUUCAUCGAGCUGCGCGACAUGCAGUCCGGGCAGGCCGUCACCGAUCCGCUCGAGGCCGUGCGACGCGCCGGUGUCCCCAAGGUCGAGGAGUGGAAGAAGAUGACUGCCGAAUACAAGAACAGCAGCAUCACCCUCGGCAAGAUCGAGCCAAGUGGCCCCGCGGGCGGCGGCGUGGCGGCCGUCACCUCGGGCAUGGACAAGAUGUCCAUGAGCCAGCAGAGCCACAUGAGCCAAAAUGGCAGUCCUUACGGAUACCAUCAGCGCAACGCAAGCAAAGGAACUCUCGCGUCGCAGGCGCCUAUGUCGCAGGGCUCGCAGCAAGGAUACCAACCACCCCUCCUCGCACCCGUAGCUGCCUCGAUCCCCCGCUACUGCUUCGACAACGACAAAUAUUGGUACAUCAUCGAAGCCAAGAUGGAAGACGGCCGAUGCUGGGAACUCUCACGCUACUACCACGAUUUCUACGAUUUCCAAAUCGCCCUCCUGACGCAAUUCGAGGACGAAGCCGGCAACCGCGGCCGUCCACGCACACUGCCCUUCAUGCCCGGCCCUGUCACCCACGUCACAGACGCCAUCUCGAAUGGCCGCCGCCAAAACCUCGACGAAUACAUCAAAAAACUCCUCUCCAUGCCCCCGCACAUCGCCCGCUGCCAACUCGUCCGACAACUCUUCGCGCCCCGCCAAGGCGACUUCGAAAUUGACCCCAGCGCCUUCGGCGAAGAGGUCCGCUACUCCGGCGACUCGCACCAUUCGUCCUCGGGGAUGGAUCCUAGCCGCAGCGUCUCGCGACAGUCGUCACAGGUCCCCAUGAAUGCUUCGCAAGACCGCGUCUCGCAGCAGCGUGCGCCGGCCUCGUUCUCGAACGGGGCCCCACCAGCCAUGAACCGCCAGCCGUCCUCGUUGACGCAGGCUUCUGGUACAUCGAACUCGAGCGCGAUGAAGGUGAAGGUUUUCUUCCAGGAUGAUUUGAUAGCGAUUCGCAUCCCUUCGGGCGUCAGCAUGCAGCAUCUGAAAGACAAACUUUCCGAUCGACUGAAGAUCCAGGAGGAUAUCAUCGUGCAGUACCGCGACGAAAGCUCCGGGACUUACGUCGACUUGAUCUCGGACUCUGAUUUGGAAAAUGCCAUGCAGCGCAAUACCAAGUUGACUCUUUUCGUCAGCAUCCCCUGA